UAUCUCAACUCCAUUGAGCCAACCAAACAGGAUCAGCACCCCUACUAACCGUCCACAGAUCGUCUUGUUUUGAAAGAAGAAAAAGAGAAAACCUUAUACGUGCACGUAGCUUAAUUCUAUAUUUGGACACAAAUAUUUUUUUCUGGAGGAAACCAUGCUCCCCAGUCCUGUUAUAACAUCCUCCAGCACGCCUUUUUCUGUCAAGGACAUCUUGAAGUUGGAGCUGCAACAGCAAUCGCAAGAAUUCCAGUUCAUCUCGUGCUUCUCGGGUCUAUCUGGCGCGCUCCCGGUGCAGACCGGUGCUUUCCGAGCGCACUCGCCGCCCUCCUGCAUGCUGGCUCGCAGGGACAGCCCGAGUCCAAUCAGCUCGGAGAGCGACGAGAGGAUGUCGUACCUCGGCGCGCUUGCAGGAGCCGACAGGCUGCACGCGGAGUCCGGACUGCCAGUGGAGAUGUUCAGCAACCCGGCGCAGAUCCACCCUGUGGAGCUGGAACUGGAGAACGACCAGGAGGAGGACCGAGACGCAAAGGUCGGUUGUGCAUCGCGGUGCGAAGAGGCCGAGAAGCCGCCGGGCAAGCAGCAGAGAACCAGGAGGAAGCCCCGGGUGCUCUUCUCUCAGACUCAAGUGUUCGAGCUGGAGCGUCGCUUCAAGCGGCAGCGCUACCUGUCCGCCCCGGAGAGAGAGCACCUGGCGGGUUCGCUCAAACUCACGCCCACGCAGGUGAAGAUCUGGUUCCAGAACCGGAGGUACAAAUGCAAGAGGCAGCGGCAGGACAAGACACUGGAGAUGGCAGGACAUCACCACCACCAUCACCAUCAUCACCCACCGGGUCCUCCGCCGCCUCCCCCGCCGCCCAGGAGGGUGGCCGUGCCGGUGCUGGUGCGGGACGGCAGGCCUUGUUUGACUGGAUCCCCGACUUAUAACACGUCCUACUCAGCGGUGGGAGCACCGAGCGCGUACGGCUACAACGGCUACCCCGCCUACAGCUACAACAACUCGGUGUACACCAACACUUAUUCUUGUAGUAGUUUACCUGCUCUGCCGCCCUCCAACAGCGCCGCCAACGCCUUCAUGAACAUGAAUUUGGGACCGCUGGGCGCGCAGACGCAAAGUCAGUCCGCACAAGGAGCGGUGGUCCCUCCGUGCCAGGGGACUCUGCAGGGCAUCAGGGCAUGGUAAUGCACCUUUGGACGCACACUUUGGAUGUAUAGGGUAUACCUUUUGAGAAUAUUCUGAAUGGGGUGCAAUCGAAAUGUAAAGUUUGACUGAACUAAAUGCGGCGGGCUACGUUUUAUGACAGUGUUAUCAAUGAAGUCAUCCAAUUGAACGCUUUCCGCAGUGAAUUGCCACAAGUUAUGAUCUUGAGGCAUCUAUUGGAUACGUUUUUUUUUUUAAUUAUUGUGAUAUAGGCUAAAAAUUGUUUUCCCUUCACGUGUGACACAUUUUUCCCAGUGAAUUAAUGGAGCUGUUGUAUUUAUGGCUGUUUACGCCCAUAUUCAAUAAACUGAAAAUUAUAAAUAUGGAAUGAAAUUACGAUACUGGCAUUUAUUCUUAAAUUUUGUU